CAAUGGAAAUAAUGUGCUAAAAAAUUGUGCACAACAAACCGCAUGCCGUACACCAUCCCUCACACAAUCCCUUCUCCAUCAAAGUGAUUCUCCACAAAAUAAAUCCCGACUUAUAUGCCGAAAAGAUGCCACAAAGCAAUCGGAGAAACAAAAUAACUAACUAGGCAUAAAACUAAGGCGCCCACCUUCUUCUUCCUCCGCCUUCCAUUCCAUACUUGUAUUCCUUGUCCAGAACGGCAAAGGCAAAAAAGAAAACCACACCCUCCUCAAAAUCCCAAUCCUUUAUACUCGCCGGCGGCCAUGUAUCCUCCAGCCUUGUCCAGACCAACUCCAACCCCGACGCCGAACCAGCUGGGAGCGAUGAUGAUACACCACCACCACAAACCGGCCGGAAAAUCCAACACGGCGUCUUGCAAUCUCAUCGAGGAGAUGAAAACCAAGGGCGCCGCCGAUAUCUGCCACGGCGACGCAAAGUGCAGGGAGAAGUUCGCCCUCCUGCUGGCGGAGAUCGGAUUCCCAGGCAGCGUGCUACUCGCCGCCGUCGAGGAGAUCGAGGAAUGCGGGCACGUCAAGGAGACCGGGUUCGUGUGGCUGAAGCACAAGAAGACGAAGGAUCACUACAAGUUCGACACCGUCGACGUCCGCUGCGACGCCGUCGUGACGGCGUCUUUCGAGCGAAGGAGGAUCAGGAACCUGACCGGGGUCAAGGCCAAGGAGUUCCUGUUCUGGAUCACGUUGAGUGAGGUCCACGUCACCGGCGUCGCCGGUGACGGUUGUUCACCCACCACCAUCGCGUUCAAGACCCCGGCGGGGUUUUCCAAGUCUUUCCCGCUGUCCUUGUUCGUGGGUGACGGCGGCGGCGGCGAUCAGAAGGUGAAAUCGGGAAUCCGACUGGCGUUUUAAUGAAUGGGAACAGCAGUUUAGAAGCCUCACAAACACCCGCCUAAAAACAAUGAUGAUUCUCUUUACUUCGUUACUCUGAAUUUCAUAAUAUGGGUAUUCAACUAUGAACUGUAUAUAUACCGAUGUAUUUACUUACCAGUUACUAGCCUUAAUAUGCAUUGAAAACCAUUGAAUUUCUGGUAAUCUCGUAUGAAUGUGUAAAGUAAGACUGGUCAGUUUCUUUAUUAUCUUUUUCACUUGAGUGUCUUACAUAGUUUAGUAGGAUAAUGGGGUCAUCUAAUGAAGUGUUAAACUUGGG